GAGCUCCUCCCCGCCGCAGCGCGCAGAGCCGGGAGCGGGGGGCGAUGCCGCCCUCCCGGGGCCACGAGAAAUUUAGUCCUGAAGCAAAUGCUUCCUUCUUUAGUAAGGUAACAUAUUCUUGGUACAGCAGAGUGAUUACUUUAGGGUAUAAGAAACCACUGGAGAGAGAAGACCUGUUUGAACUGAAUGAAAGUGACUCACCAUACACUGUAUGUCCCAAUUUUGAAAAGCAGUGGAGGAAGGAAGUCUUAAGAACAACAAAAGGACUGAAGGCUCCUUGCAACAAAGAAGCGCCAUCUAAAACAAGCUUGCAUAAACCAUGUUUGCUUUAUCCAUUAUGGCAAACAUUUAGAUAUUUAUUAAUUAAAGUUGGCUUUCUAAAAGUGGCAGCUGAUAUUCUAGCAUUUGUGAGUCCACAAAUAAUGAAAGAAAUGAUUAAUUUGUACAAAAGCCACUCUGAUUUACACUGGAAUGGAUAUAGAUACGCUCUUGCUCUUCUUGUUGUCGUCAUCUUGCAGACUCUCAUCCAUCAGCUAUACCAGCGCUUCAACAUGCUUACCUCUGUCAAAAUUAAGACUGCAGUUGUUGGCCUGAUAUACAGAAAGGCCUUAACCUUAGCUAACUCUGCUCGGAGAAAAUACACAAGUGGUGAAAUUGUUAACUUGAUGUCCUCAGAUGCCCAGCAACUAAUGGAAAUGGCUGUAAACCUCAACCUUCUCUGGUCAGCACCAUUUCAGAUCCUGAUGGCUAUUAUCUUUCUCUGGCAAGAACUGGGCCCAUCAGUAUUAGCAGGCGUUGCAGUGCUUGUUUUGGUUAUACCUAUAAAUGCUUUUGUCGCUGCCAAAGUAAAACAUCUGAAGAAAAGCCAAAUGAAGACUGCAGACCAACGGGUUAAGCUGCUAAAUGAAAUAUUACAUGGAAUAAAGAUUCUCAAACUUUAUGCAUGGGAGACAUUCUAUCAGAAGAAGGUUAUGGAAAUUCGAGAACACGAAAUAAAUGUUUUGAAGUCAUCUGGAUACUUGGCAACUUUCUCUAUGCUAACUUUGACAUGCAUUCCUUUUCUGGUCUCUUUAGCUACAUUUGGAAUAUAUUUUCUCCUGGAUGAAGAGAAUGUUUUAACUGCAGCUAAAGUUUUCACAUCCAUCUCUUUGUUUAAUAUUUUACGGCUGCCACUGUUUGAUUUGCCAGCUGUGAUCUCUGCUGUAGCCCAGACAAAAAUUUCUCUGGGUCGUUUAGAGGACUUCCUAAAUUCUGAAGACCUCGAUCCUCAAAAUAUUGACACAAACUACAGUGCAAAUCAUGCUGUAGGAUUUAUUGAUGCUUCUUUCCGCUGGGAUGAGAACAGUGCACAAAUUUUAAAUAAUCUGAAUGUGAGGAUCCCAGAAGGUGCUUUAGUUGCUGUUGUUGGACAAGUUGGAUCUGGAAAAUCAUCUUUCCUUUCAGCUAUUCUGGGAGAAAUGGAGAAACUGGAAGGAACAGUCCAAAGAAGGGGCUCGGUGGCCUACGUUUCCCAACAAGCUUGGAUUCAGAAUUCUAUUUUACAGGAAAAUAUUCUCUUUGGCUCAGGUCUAAACAAGCCAGAUUAUGAGAAGGUUUUGGAAGCCUGUGCUUUACUACCAGAUUUGGAGCAAUUACCAAAUGGAGAUCAAACAGAGAUUGGAGAAAGGGGAGUUAACAUAAGUGGCGGGCAGAAACAAAGGGUGAGUCUGGCUAGAGCUGUUUAUAGCAAUGCAGACAUAUAUCUUCUGGAUGACCCAUUGUCAGCUGUAGACGUACAUGUUGGAAGGCAUCUUUUUGAAAAGCUUAUUGGGCCCUCAGGGCUCUUAAAAAACAAGACUCGUAUUUUAGUGACACACAGCUUGGCAUUCCUGCCUCAGACAGAUCUUAUAAUAGUAAUGGAAGAUGGAAGGAUAGCAGAUAUGGGAACCUACCAAGAGCUGCUUUCAAAAAGAGCCAAUUUUGCUGAACUACUACAAGUCUUCAGCACAGAAAGCAAAAAUGAAGAAACACUACCAAUAAAAAGUGACUCAUAUUCUUUAAAAGGAGGCAGUCAGAAAAGCUUUACUCUGCCACAAAAUGAAUUCCUGGGACCUAAAGAUAGUUCUUUCUUGGAUCAAAAGAAAGCAUUCCCAAUGAAGAAAGAAACAGUUCCUACUGGCAGUACGGAAAUGUCAAUUAUUUUGAAAUAUCUGCAAGCCUUUGGGUGGCUCUGGAUAUGGUUAAGCCUGGCUGCUUAUUUAGGUCAAAAUGCAUUGGCCAUAGGACAAAAUCUGUGGCUUAGUACCUGGACAGCAGAAGUAGAACAAAUGAAUGACUUGUCAGAAUGGAAACAGUUACGAGACAAUAAACUCGGCAUCUAUGGUCUUCUGGGACUAAUACAAGGUCUCCUAGUAUGUUAUGGUGCAUAUGUGAUCACCCGGGGAUCUCUUUCUGCCUCUCGAGUAUUGCAUCAUCAGAUGUUAGACAGUGUACUGCACCUUCCACUCCAGUACUUUGAAACUAAUCCAGUAGGUCAAAUCAUCAACAGAUUCACAAAGGACAUGUUUAUGGUGGAUGUGCGCUUUCAUUACUACUUACGGACCUGGUUAAACUGUACACUAGAUGUUCUUGGGACCAUCCUAGUCAUCACAUCUGCUUCACCCCUCUUCAUAUUGAUAGUUAUACCCCUUGGAUACUUAUACUUUACUAUCCAAAGAUACUACAUAGCUAGUUCACGACAAAUUCGUCGGUUAGCUGGAGCAUCUCAUUCCCCUGUUAUCUCCCACUUCAGUGAAACUCUCUUGGGGGCGCCUACAAUCCGAGCAUUUGGACAUGAGGAAAGAUUCGUUAGACAGAAUAAAGAUGUGGUAAAUGAGAACGUGGUUUACUUCUACAACAAUGUCAUCUCAAAUAGGUGGUUGGCUGUCAGGCUUGAAUUUCUAGGAAACUUGAUGGUUUUCUUUGCUGCGUUGUUUGCAGUGAUGGCUGGAAGUACAGUGAGCUCCUCUGUAGUGGGUCUGUCAAUAUCUUAUGCACUUAACAUAACUCAAAGUCUGAAUUUUUGGGUCCGUAAAGCAUGUGAAAUUGAAACCAAUGGAGUUUCCAUUGAAAGAAUUUGUGACUAUGCAAAAAUGAACAAAGAGGCCCCCUGGUUAACAUCUAAAAGGCCACCUGUGGGAUGGCCCAGUAAAGGAAUAAUAGAGUUCAUUAAUUAUCAAGCCCGGUACAGAACAGAUCUUGGUUUAGCACUGCAGGAUAUCUCCUUUCAAACACGGAGUCAAGAGAAGGUUGGAAUUGUUGGAAGAACAGGAGCUGGCAAAUCAACACUCACAAAUUGCUUAUUUAGAAUUCUAGAGAGAGCUGGGGGCAAAAUAAUUAUAGAUGGAAUUGACAUAUCAACUAUUGGACUCCAUGAUCUGCGCAGCAAUUUGAACAUUAUUCCACAGGACCCUGUCUUGUUUUCUGGAACCCUGCAGUCAAACUUGGAUCCACUUGGAAAGCACUCUGAUCUUGAGCUCUGGGAGGCACUGGAGUUGUGUGGCUUAAAGAAUUUUGUCCAGUCUCUUCCAAAGAAGCUUCUUCAUGAGGUUUCAGAAGGUGGUGAAAACCUCAGUGUAGGGCAGAGGCAACUUGUCUGUCUUGCCCGCGCUUUGCUACGAAGGACAAAGAUUCUGGUCUUAGAUGAAGCAACAGCCUCUGUUGACCUGGAAACAGACCACCUGGUACAGUCCACCAUCCAAAAGGAGUUUGACAGCUGUACAGUCCUAACUAUAGCCCACAGGUUGCAUACAAUUGUGGAUUCUGAAAGAGUGCUUGUUCUCGACUCUGGAAGAAUUGUAGAAUUUGAUACUCCCCAUAACUUAUUACGUCAGAAAGGAGUGUUUUCCGAAAUGGUCACAGAAGCUGGGAUAACGUAUGAUACGGAUGCCUAGUGAAAUACUCUCAAAAGACAAGGAUGUGCAUUUUUUUUCCUUAACUCUACUUACCAAGAAAACAGUCCGGGAGCGUGGCAUAUACUCUAUCCUCAAUGUUAUAAAAUGAUUGUGCAAUAUAGGGGUAGUGGGCACGCUUGACAAUACAAACUCCAUGCUAUAACUGCAAUUUAUUGUAUAUUCAUCAGCUUUAUUUAUUAAGUACCACAUUUUAUUAUGCAUUUUUACUAGACCUAGAUUAUAAUUAUAUUGUAUGAAGAUCCAAGCCUUAAAUUUUGCUUUAGCAAGAGACCUGCUUGCUUGCCUUUCACAUUAGUUAAUACAUACUUUGUAGUCCUAAGUUUGAUUGAAUCUUUUAAUAUAUUUUAAAUUAUUUAGAAAAAACAGCACUGAUUUAACUUGCAUACUUGAUUACAGAUCAAUUUGAGAAUUGUACUCUGCUUAUUUUAAUCUGCGUGGGUAUACGGUUUCAGACCUUUGCGUGACAUUUUUUAUUUUGUAAAAUUACUUCUGAACACCCAAAAUGUAAUGGGCAAGUGAACUGAUAAAAUAUUCCUUCUGACAACUAAUUUACAAUAGGACUUGGAAAAAGCUCAUGGAAUCCUGAAAAAUGAAAAUCCCUCUGGAGAUAUCCAGUUUAUGUUUAAAACAUGUUUAUAUAAGUCUAUACUAGUAAUAGUAGCAGUAUGGCCAAGAAAAUUACUAAUGCUUAUUCUUGUAUGUAUACCAUCAUGUAUGUUUUGUUUGUUUGUUUUUGUUGCAUUUCUUUGUGAUUAAAUAGGGUGAGUGGGUAAAGUGAGGAGAAGAGAGGUUCCAUAUU